CAGAUCAUUUCAAUAAAUGACCAAACAAGAAAGGACCACCGUCACCAAUUGUCUAUACGAACAUAUUCCCUCUCAUCACUCCAAACUUUGUUUUCGGAAUCAACUAACACAGGCAUCAAAUUUUCGGACCAUUAUAUAUAUCGCUUCCCCAUAACUUCUUCCAAUUCUCGGAACCCAAGACGUAGUUUGCAUCGUCUAUCUAAAGCCCUCGUGCAAUAUUUCGUAGAAAAAUCAUUCAUUGACAUGAUUUCAGGACGUGGCAGAGGCAAGAUAAGGCCUCCACGAAGAAAUCCUAUAGGAGGAGACGAGUCUGGAGACUUUGAUACGCAAUGGGAAAUUCUUAAGUCCGCAUUACGUGAAAUUCAUCACCAGAAUGCCUCAACUCUAUCAUUCGAACAAAUCUAUCGAGCCUCGUACAAGCUAGUUCUCAAAAAGCAAGGUGGUCGACUUUACGACCAGGUUCAGAACUUCAAAAUAGAAUGGCUCCGGGAUGUCGUCAUGCCACCAAUUCGCGAGCUGAUGACUAAAUGCUCAUUUAACGUUGCGUUAAACGGCAUUUCAGGUGUUACUGUAAAUGAGAGAAGGCUUGCUGGUGAUAGGUUCCUUAAAUGUUUGAAGUCAUCUUGGGAAGAUCACCAUACUAGGAUGAAGAUGAUUGCGGAUAUGCUUAUAUAUAUGGACAGAGUUUACUGUGUAGACAACGGGAAACCUCACAUAUUCAUUUCUUCGAUUGGUUUAUUUCGAGACCAUAUAUUGAGAUCAUCACUUGCGAUAAACGGACAAAACCUCACCACCUUCGACGUAUUGAAUUCUGUUCUUCUAGACCAAAUCAGCAUGGAAAGAGACGGUGAUAUAAUUAACAAGACACUCAUUCGAUCUUGUAUUGAAAUGCUAGAGAGCUUAUACGAGGAAAAUGAAGAGGUCGAAGAUAAAAAACUAUACUUAACUGGUUUCGAGGAAGCCUUCUUGAGCGAUACGCGACGGUUUUAUCAGAAAGAGUGUGAAAAGCUCCUUCGUAAUUCUGACACUAGCGUAUGGCUACGUGAGACUGCGAGAAGAUUAGAAGAGGAAAAGAAUCGUUGCCAAACAACGAUAUCCAUCUUAACUCAGCCGAGAGUGAUCAAGGUCGUCGAGACAGAAAUGAUAAGUGCUCGUUUGAUGGAAUUUAUUGCCAUGGAAGGAAGUGGAUUGAAAGCGAUGAUUGAGAAUGAUCGACUGAAGGAAUUGAAGACACUUUAUGACUUGGUAUCACGAGCAGAUUGCUCCAAAACUGCAUUGAGGGAUGCCCUCCAAAGUAGGGUGGUUGAACUUGGAUCAGAAAUUAACAAAGUUGCUUUCGACAUACCUGACGUGGUAAUCCCAGAUGAGAGUAAUGAAGCUGUAAACAAAUUAGAUAGGACAAAGGCUUCCUCGAAGCAUUUCAUGGCAAAUAAACAAACAGUCACCGCAAUUCGAUGGGUUGACCAGGUACUAAAAUUAAAAGAUAAGUUCGACAAAAUUUGGGCCGAAUGCUUUGAUCAAGAUCUUAUCGUUCAAACUGCUUUAUCAAAUAGUUUUUCUCACUUCAUCAACUUGUUUCCCAGAUGCUCAGAAUAUUUAUCUUUGUUAAUUGAUGACAACUUAAAAAGUGGAGUAAAGGGAAAAACCGAGACGGAAAUUGACAGUAUUCUAGAUAAAGCGGUAAUACUGCUUCGAUAUAUUCAAGACAAAGACAUUUUUGAGCGGUAUUACAAGAAACAUCUUGCUCGAAGGCUUCUACAUAAGAAGUCUGAGAGCGGUGAUAUCGAAAAACAGAUGAUAUCGAGAAUGAAGCAAGAGAUUGGAAAUACAUUUACAUCUAAGCUCGAGGGGAUGUUCAGGGAUAUGACAUUGUCAGAUGAACUAUCAUCAGGAUACCGCUCAUAUACUGAAAAUAACAAAGGUUCGAAGAAAAGUAAAGUUGACCUUGGAAUUAUUGUAUUGACAACGAACUUUUGGCCGGUAGAAUCUAUGGGCGGUGGAGGCACAAGUCGUGAAAAUGGUGUUUUUUCAUCAUGCAUAUGGCCCAAGGAGAUUCUCGAAAUACAAGAAUCUUUUAAGGCUUACUAUCUCAAGGAACGGAAUGGUAGGCGUUUGACAUGGCUAGGAUUUCUAGGCAGCGCAGAUAUUCGCUGUUAUUUUCCCCCGAUUCCAGGAAAAGAAGGAUCUCUCAGCCGCGAGCGGCGCUACGAGCUCGUUGUAUCUACGUACGGUAUGCUCGUACUGCUACUUUUCAAUCGCAUUUCCGUUGAUGAAACUUUAUCAUUUGAGGAAAUUCAAGAGCACACCAAGAUUCCAGUAUUGAAUCUUUCUCGUAUUUUAUACACACUUUCUGCUCUUCCAAAAUGCAGAAUAAAAGUACCUGUUAUGGUUGGCGGGGGUGUUAACAAGAUUGAAGGUGAUGAUGAACGUAAAGAGACUGAAGGUCGAAAUGAUGAACAUCGAGGAAAUGUUAUUGAUACUGUCAUAGUUCGCAUAAUGAAGUCCCGAAAAAAAUUGGCACAUCAAGCCCUUGUCACUGAAGUCAUUGGCCAGCUUUCUUCACGCUUCAAACCUGAUAUCUCUUUAAUGAAGAGAAGAAUUGAAUCACUCAUUGAGAGAGAGUAUUUAGAGCGAGUAGAAAAUUCGCCCGUGCCAACAUACUCGUACAUGGCUUAA